CUCCCUCCUGCUGCAUCCACAACUUUUGGCAGGGACUCAUGGCUCCGUCUCGCUCGCCUGUCGCCUCGGCCGCCUUGAUCUGUUCCCAUCCUCUCUAGUCAUAUCCUUCCUCGCUAGGUGCCGAGCGACCUGCCGCCCGUCUCCUUGCAGCGGCGAGAAGUGGCAGGCUCGAGCUCACUCCGAGAGUUUGGUUAUUUACUGGUGUUGGGCGGAAGAAACAAUGGAGGAGGAGGUGGCCGCGAGGAGGGCGGAGCUUGAGCUGCUGCAGCCGGAGAAGGCGAGCAAGGUGAAGAAGAAGCGCGGCCGGGUGGAGCUGCGGCGGAUCGAGGACCGGACCAGCCGGCAGGUGCGCUUCUCCAAGCGGCGGAGCGGGCUGUUCAAGAAGGCCCGCGAGCUCGCCGUGCUCUGCGACGCCCGGGUCGCGCUUGUCGUCUUCUCCCCCGCCGGCCGCCUCUACAAGUUCGCCUCCGCCGACUCCAGCAUCGAAGAAAUAUUCGGUCGUCACUGGGACCUUCCCACCACGGUAAAUGAUCUCAACAUUGAAGCACAAGACUCAAGGAUCAACAACAAUAUACAGAAUGAGCAGUCAGCUACAGGCUCGUUACCCGAUCUGCUAAUUACCGUUGGUCAAUGGGCCAUGGAAGCAAAUCUAAAUGAGCUGAAUACUGAUGAGCUAAGAGGCCUGGAGGAAGCAGUGAUCGACGCUCUGGCAGUUAUCAGGAACGAACUGAUGGCGAAGGUGAAUGGACUGCCCCCAAAUUAAACCUGAAGCAACUACGUUCUGAAACGAGAUUCUGCGGCAGUAAGAAGAAAGUUUCGAAACAUUAUUGCAGUGUACAUGAUAGUAGCAUUGCUACAAACAUAUAAACCAUGCAGCGGCAACUACAUAUUCUGGGAAUUAAAAACCGAAUAUCCAUUUAUCCAGGUAGCUGUGACUUCUUCACGGUCGUGUCACAGUGUGCAGUGCGCUUGCUUCCUAUCCGUGGCCAGAAAGAGGAGAAAAUGCUCUAAAUAAGAAAAAGUGGGAUUUACUUUGUGUAACUCUGGUUUAGCUGGUUCGUUUUUCUGUGCUAAGAAUCCCAUUCGGCAUGCAUGUAUGUCGAGCAUUUGCCUUGUACCAAUGAUCCAAUGUUCUUGACUGCAAGUGCGUGUUGCAAUUUGCACAUGGACACGUGUCCUCAAUUGUCA